GCAUCUCACUGCCCGCACUCUCCCAGAGAGAACCCAACUGUUGGUGCGCAGAGAAAAUCGUUAUUUCAACCUCACAGGCAACUGACGUAUUUUCCAUCACUGGUAUAAAUAUACAGUUUCGUCAGUCUUCACCCCCCGGCACAGGGAGUGUAUGCAAUGCUAUGCGAAGGGCGCAAAAAUCCAGCUCAGAUCACCAAAUGCUCUCCAAGGAUGGAGCUCUGUUGCGCACUGGAACUGACACGUAGUAACUGAGGAGCGCUUCCCUUUUCAUCACCAUGGAGGAAAGAAACAACACUACGGCCGCAUGGUUUCCAUUUGAUUUUCAAAACGAAACCUCGACAGCUGAUGCAGAGAUUAAACUAAGUUCCCAAAUCUUCACCUCCUUACUUCUUGCCGUACUUAUCCUCUGUGCCGUGUUUGGGAACGCGUGUGUGGUUGCAGCCAUCGCCCUGGAGAGAAAUCUUCAGAAUGUAGGGAACUAUCUGAUUGGGUCUCUGGCCGUGACUGAUCUGAUGGUAUCGGUUCUGGUGUUGCCCAUGGCGGCCCUUUACCAAGUCUUAAACAGGUGGACUCUCGGACAGGUACCAUGUGACAUUUUCAUCUCUUUAGAUGUGUUAUGUUGUACAUCAUCUAUACUGCACCUUUGCGCCAUCGCCUUGGACAGGUACUGGGCCAUUACCGAACCUAUAGAGUAUAUGAAGAAGAGGACACCCAGAAGAGCGGCGGUUCUGAUCAGUGUCACCUGGUUUGUCGGGUUUUCCAUCUCUGUUCCUCCCAUGUUGAUCAUGCGUUCCCAGCCGAGUAGUAAAGCGGAGGACAUAGCUAAUCCCGAGCAGUGCAUGAUAAGUCGAGACCCCUGGUACACAAUCUACUCGACAUUCGGCGCGUUUUACAUUCCGUUGAUUCUCAUGUUGGUCUUAUAUGGACGGAUAUUCAAAGCUGCCAGGUUUAGAAUCAUGAGAACAGUGCGUAAAACAGAGAAAAAGAAAGUGUCUGAUUCUUGUUUGGCACUGUCCCCUGCUCUUUUCCACAAGAGGACCAACGGGGACCCGAGUAAAAGCUGGAAGAGGAGCGUGGAGCCCAAACCAACCCCCUGCGUAAACGGUGCGGUCAAGCACGGCGAUUUGUUGGAGAUUAUCGAGGUUCACAGCAACUCAAAAAACAACCUGCCACUCCCCAACAACCCCAAUUCCGAGCCGCUCUUUGAGAGCAGACAAGAUAAGAACAUGGAGGCAAAGAGAAAGAUGGCCAUGGCCAGAGAGCGCAAGACUGUGAAGACGCUGGGUAUAAUUAUGGGCACUUUUAUCUUUUGCUGGUUGCCUUUCUUUAUUGUCGCCCUGGUAAUGCCCUUUUGCCAGUCGUGCCAAAUGCCAAAGUGGCUCGAGGACGUCAUUAACUGGCUCGGGUACUCCAACUCUCUACUGAACCCCAUCAUUUACGCAUAUUUCAACAAAGACUUCCAAAGUGCCUUUAAGAAAAUAAUAAAAUGUCACUACUGCAAAACAUAAGCAUAUUACAUAAUCCGUUUAUGAUGUAAAACGGUUGACUGCAGAGUUGGGACUGAUGUCUGCAGAAGACAAAUCUUACAACCAUUUCAGUAGCAUUAGUCAGUCAAACAUGGGUCUACUGAAAGGUUGACAGGAAUGUUGACAGUUGACAGUAAUGUUGUUUAAUAAAACUAAUUGUAUUAUUAAUAUUAUUAUUAUACCAGGAGUUUUUUUAACGAAGCUGUAUAAACAGGUUUGCAGGAUGUCAGAGCUGAUCACUCAGUGCCCAUGUCAAGCAUGCUUUGUAAGUGUUCAAUAAACCAUGUCCUAUUUCAGGAUCU